AUGCCUGUCUGGAUACCGGGCGCAGAGUGCAACUUGUGUGUUCAUGUUGCCAUCAUGGACGAAAGGGCAACACGACCCAAGCAGAGAAUCUUGGAAGCAAACCUUAACAUCCGUACCAGCAGGAUCGCCAAGAUGGCCAAGUCCGACACUCCGCCGUUCUCUCGCCUGCAAGCGUGUCAGGACUGCUUCUUCACCCCGACCGCUUCACACGAGACCACUGCUGCUCACGGGCGGGCGUCUCAGAAUAGGGGGAUGUACUUGCGGCACUUGCAACAGACUUGGUGCGCAUUGUGCUGGGUUGCAGAAGCGCAGUCGGGUGCCCUGGGGCAAGCUGAUUCUCACAAUCGCCCCAAGCAGAUCAAGGUGGGGGUGGUGGGCUGGCUGCGGCUACAACAAAAGUCACGGCAGAAUUCUAGCUGCGUCAUCGAUUCGAACGAGACUGCGGGCUGA